AUGGUGACGAAACGUGUGGCUAACUCGAUGCUUGUGCUGAGGAUGGUUGCUCUUGCUACUUCGUCUGCAACUUUGGCCUUGCUGGUUACUAACUCCUACACAUUUGAAAAUGGUGCAGUGGUCAAAUAUCAAGAUUUCGAUACAUACAGCUUUGUGGUGGCUGUUGCUGCAAUUACGUGUGCAUAUUGCAUAGUGCAGCUUCCAUUUUCCAUAUACUAUGCGAUACGACAGAAGAGUCUUGUUCUGGGAACAGGCAUUGGUGCUGGUUUUGCAAUGUCUGUGGAAUUAAAAAAGUUCAUCGACAAGCGUGUACACGAUGUGGAUGGUUACAAGUCCGUAUACAGCAAGGUUUUCAUUCGAGGCUUCGUUGCUUCUGCUUUUCUUCUCGUCUCCUUCCUCUCCAUGGCCAUCGUUUCUUUCAUUUCCUCCAAUAAUCGAAACACAAAGCAACCCACCUUCUAUUAA